AUGGCUCCUUCGAAGUCAUCCUCCUGGUUAUCCUCCACUCUCGCCGUUUAUGCAAUUCUUUGCCUCUCCAUUCCAGCAAACGCCCUCUACUUCUACGUGGACGGCCGCCAAACAAGAUGCUUCUAUGAGGAGCUUCCAAAGGACACCCUUGUCGUUGGAACCUACUCCAGCGAGGUCCUCGACCAAACCUCCGGCACGGGCACAUAUGCCGUCGACCCAUCUUUGAAGAUGCUCAUCACCGUCGACGAGGUCUUCGACAACGACCACCGCGUCGUCAACAAACGUGACUCGCACUCCGGCCGAUUUACCUUCUCCGCCGCCGACCCUGGAAACCACAAGAUUUGCAUCACGCCCGAGACAAACGCCGCUACGGGCGGGUGGCUGUCUGGUGCUCCCACCGGUGCUGUUAGGGUGACACUGGACAUGGCAAUAGGCGAGACGAGCAAGAUUGAGAGCGAGGACAAGGGGAAGAUGACGGAUUUGGUGCAGCGGGUGAAGGACCUGAACAGCCGGUUGCAGGACAUUAGGCGAGAGCAGGUGUUCCAGAGAGAACGCGAAGCCGAGUUCCGUGAUCAAUCCGAGGCGACUAACUCACGUGUUGUCCGUUGGACUUUGAUGCAGCUCGCCGUGCUAUCGGUCGCAUGCGCUUGGCAAUUAUCUCAUCUCCGUUCAUUCUUCAUCAAGCAGAAGUUGACCUAG